GAGACAGACAGACAGCAUGGACUCAAGGACUCAGGCUGCUGCUGGGUACGCACACAGAGAGGCAACUUGUAACUGAGGUGGAGAGAGAGCAGCUCUGACAGCAGCAGAACGCUCUCAGUGAUACUAAACAGGGUCCAGACUUAUUUUAAUAUCCAUAUUACAGACUUCCCGCCACGUCGUGACUCUGUUUUGACUCGGUCGGUCUCCUUUAAUGACGUCAGUGGACAGGUGUGCGCUGACAGGUUAAUUAAUAGCUCUGUUUAAAUGAGCUCACUUUGAAAGUUGGUGAUAUUAGUUGAUGUAAAAAAAAUGGAGCAGGAACAUAGUUUGACGUCGUCGUCGUCCGGGUCCAGCACCUUGUCCUUGGGAGAAGACAUGACGUCUUCUGUUCUGGACACCAGAGUCUCUGAGGAUGGACAUGAUGGACACAACUCUGACUGUGGAAGUGUCAACGAAGAAGAAGUAGAGGAGGACAAGGAGACACCGACGGAUGAAGACAGUGAAGACGAAGACGAAAAGUUGGACAACAUCCUCUCUCCCUCCACCUACCCCAGGAAGUCCAGCAAUCCUGAGCUGACUCAUGGAUUAAGUCCUGCUCUCAAGUUCAUGCGACAUCUCAGCGAGGAUGGGAAACACGUUCGCAGACGGAGCCUCGGGGGCGGUCUCACAGGAAAGUACCUUCUGCUGCCCACCAACCACCAGCAGACACAGACAGCAGGGCAGCCCUCAUCUGAGAUCUCUAAUCUGGUCCGUAUGCGUUCCCUGCACCUGGGAAAGUCGGACCCCUCCCUCACCUCCAGCAUGAAAGAGCUGAGUCUUCCCAGAAGAGGCAGUUUCUGCAGAACGAGCAACAGAAAGAGUCUGAUAGGAAGCGGUCAGUCUUCAGGUUUACCACGACCUCAUUCCCCUCUCUCAUCUCUGACAGGAACAAGCCCACAAGACAGUCCUAGGAAUUUCUCUCCUAGUGCCUCUGCUCAUUUCUCCUUUGCACGAAGUCAUUGCCACAGAGCAGACAGGACUGAUGGUCGCCGCUGGUCGUUGGCCUCCCUUCCCUCCUCUGGAUAUGGAACCAACACGCCCAGCUCCACCGUCUCUGUCCUUGUGGGGAAACUGCCAAAACGAUUUUCUGUCAGCAUGGAGAAGCUGCACCAGCUGCCCUUCCAGCCUACGCCCGAUGAACUGCACUUCCUCUCUAGGCACUUCUGCACUGAGAACAUCUCCGGGGAUGAAUGCCGCAGAGCAACGGCCAUGCGACCCCGCUCACGCAGUCUCAGCCCUGGAAGAUCUCCAUCAUGUUACGACCACGAGAUUAUCAUGAUGAAUCACGUCUACAAGGAGCGAUUUCCGAGGGCCACUGCUCAGAUGGAGGAAAGGAUUCAGGACAUCAUCCGCAGCAACUCUCCAGAGAGCGUCCUCCCUUUGGCAGAUGGCGUGCUCGGCUUCGCCCACCACCAGAUAAUUGAACUGGCCCGUGACUGUCUGGAGAAGAGCCGGCUAGGACUCGUCACCUCCAGCUACUUUUGUGAGCUUACUGACAAGCUGGAGAGGCUUGUUCUGGAGUCCACAGAGAGAUCAGAGAGUGAGGAGGUAAACUUCAUCAAAGAGCUGGUGAAGAAGAUCCUCAUCAUCAUCGCCCGACCUGCUCGACUGCUGGAAUGUCUGGAGUUUGACCCGGAGGAGUUUUACCACCUUCUGGAGGCCGCUGAAGGACACGCUAAAGAGGGCCAGGGCAUCAAAACGGACAUCCCUCGUUACAUCAUCAGCCAGCUGGGACUCACAAGAGAUCCUCUGGAAGAAAUCGCUCAGCUGACCAGCUGUGACAGCGGAAUAGCAGAAACACCAGAAACAGACGACUCGUCUCAGAGCCUCAGCACAGCCCUGCGGUGCCGGCGUAAACCCUGUGAAUUGGACUUUGAGAUGACAAAACUCAUCAGCAAUGGUGCCUACGGAGCCGUUUAUCUGGUUCGGCACAAGGAAACGAAGCAGCGGUUCGCCAUGAAAAAGAUCAACAAGCAGAACCUGAUUCUGAGGAAUCAGAUACAACAGGCCUUUGUGGAGAGAGACAUCCUCACCUUUGCCGAGAACCCUUUUGUGGUGUCCAUGUACUGCUCCUUUGAGACACGGCGGCACCUGUGCAUGGUCAUGGAGUAUGUUGAAGGUGGAGACUGUGCCACCCUUCUGAAGAACAUGGGUCCCCUGCCUGUGGAUAUGGCCAGGAUGUACUUUGCAGAGACGGUGCUGGCUCUGGAGUAUCUCCACAACUAUGGCAUCGUCCACAGAGACCUCAAACCAGACAAUUUGCUGGUGACGUCAAUGGGUCACAUUAAGCUGACAGAUUUUGGCUUGUCCAAAGUUGGGCUGAUGAACAUGACCACUAACCUGUACGAGGGACAUAUAGAGAAAGAUGCCAGGGAGUUCUCCGAUAAGCAGGUGUGUGGAACCCCAGAGUAUAUUGCACCAGAGGUGAUCCUGAGACAAGGCUACGGGAAGCCGGUGGACUGGUGGGCGAUGGGCAUCAUCCUCUACGAGUUCCUCGUGGGCUGUGUGCCCUUUUUUGGAGACACACCAGAGGAGCUGUUCGGACAGGUCAUCAGUGAUGAAAUCAACUGGCCUGAGGGAGAGGAUGCCCCACCUCCGGACUCUCAGGAGCUCAUCGCCUUGCUCCUCCGACAGAAUCCUAUGGAAAGGAUGGGCACAGGUGGAGCUGCAGAAGUGAAACAGCAUCAGUUCUUCCACAACCUGGACUGGAACAGUCUGCUGAGGCAGAAAGCAGAGUUUAUUCCUCAGCUGGAGUCUGAAGAUGACACCAGCUACUUCGACACUCGCUCUGAGAGAUACCAUCACCUGGAGACGGAGGAAGAGGACACAAACGAUGAAGACUUCAAUGUGGAGCUGCGGCAGUUCUCCUCUUGUUCUCACCGAUUCUCUAAGGUUUACAGCAGCCUGGAUUUGUCCCGCGGGCUCCUGGAGGAGAAGGGAGAGACGGAGGGGAAGAAGAGCGAGAGCCCUCUGACCGUUGACUCCCUCAGCUGGACGCCAGACUUUGCUGAAAUGCCCUCGCUGUCCCACUCCACAGAAACAGACGGUAUGAAUCAUGCUCCUCGCCCCAACUUGUUACCAAAGUUCGCCAUCUCAGCAGAGAGCGAAGGAGACGAGACCUCGGGCCUCGGUGACCCCAGCAAGACCUCCUUCUCCACAGGAGAGCUGCUGCCCAAUGAGCCUGACGCUACGACUCCAGGCAGCACCCACAGUGGAGCCACGCUGUCCGGAAGUUUCUCUGAACAUCUGGACCAGUUGACACCCAGAGGUGAAGGCCUGGAGAGCCCCGACAGUACCAGUCAUACCUCGGCAGACCAGGGCGCUCAGACCAACUCUCUGCGGCCUGAGAGUGCUGCAGAGAAGACCGGGGCAGUCGUGAAGGUCCCAAAGUCUGUCUCAACUGGUGCCCUGUCCCUCAUGAUCCCUGGAGAUAUCUUCGGGGUGUCUCCGCUGGCCAGCCCCCUCUCGCCCUACUCCCUCUCCUCAGACCCUUCCUCCAGAGACUCCUCUCCCAGCCGAGACUCCUCGCUCUGUACCGCCAACCCGCGUCACCCCGUCGUCAUCCACAGCUCGGGGAAGAAGUUCGGCUUCACUCUGAGGGCCAUCCGGGUGUACUCUUGUGAUGGGGACAUCUACACCGUCUACCAUAUGGUCUGGAACGUAGAGGACGGUGGGCCGGCACAUAAAGCAGGACUCAAAGCCGGAGACCUCAUUACUCACGUGAACGGAGAAGCCGUUCACGGUCUCGUGCACACUGAAGUGGUGGAACUCCUGCUCAAGGUAAAUGACAAUAGCGGUAGCAAAGUGGCGAUCUCGACGACCCCCUUUGAAAAUACUUCGAUAAAAACGGGUCCCGCCAGAAGGAACAGCUACAGGAGCAAGAUGGUGAGAUGUGCCAAAAAACCCAAGAAGGAAAGGACACCAGAAAGGCGUCGCUCCCUCUUCAGGCGUUUUGCGAUGCAGCCGUCUCCUCUCCUGCACACCAGCCGGAGUUUCUCCUCUCUCAACCACUCUCUGUCAUCUGGUGAGAGUCUCCCCGGCUCCCCCACCCACAGUCUGUCCCCUCGUUCCCCUACCGCCACCUUCCGCCCCACACCAGACUUCCCCCAGUCAGGUGGUAACUCGUCCCAGAGUAGCUCCCCCAGCUCCAGCGCUCCAAACUCCCCCGCAGGCUCAGGCCACAUCCGCCCCAGCACCCUCCACGGCCUCGGUCCCAAACUGCCAGGUCAGAGGCUUCGCCAGGGGCGCCGCAAGUCUGCCGGCAGCAUUCCCCUUUCUCCUUUGGCUCGCACGCCUUCACCCACGCCCCAGCCGACGUCUCCUCAGCGCUCACCCUCCCCCCUUCUCAGUGGGCAUCCUGUCGCCAUUUCCAAGACAACCCAAGCCUUCCCAGCCAAGAUACAUUCCCCGCCCACAAUCGUACGCCACAUUGUGCGCCCCAAAAGUGCUGAGCCGCCUCGCUCUCCCCUGCUGAAACGUGUCCAAUCUGAGGAGAAGCUGUCUCCCUCUUACACAGGAGAUAAGAAGCACCUGUGUCCCAGAAAACACAGCCUGGAGGUGACCCAAGAGGAGGUGCAGGAUGAUGAGCUGAGGCCCGGGGAGCGGGAUUACACCGUCUUGCAGAGUGUGGAUGAGACGGCCUGCGAGCCGUUGGCGAUCAACCGCAUACGGCCGGUUGAGCAGGGCUGCUUAAAGAGGCCCGUCGGUCGCAAGAUGGGCCGGCAGGAGUCCGUUGAGGAACUCGACAAGGAGAAGCUGAAGUCCAAGAUGGUUGCAAAGAGACAGGACUGGUCCGAGAGAAGAGAGUCUCUACAGAAGCAAGACGCCCUGCGUGAAUGUGACUCAUCAUCUCCCUUGUGUGGCGACGACAGGGAUGAAGGUUUUCUGCUCCGAGGCCAAAACAAAACCCAGAGCAGCCCAGACUCUGGCCCUCUGGAGGCCAAAGCCGCUAGCACAACCCUCAAAGACGUGCUGUACAAGAAACUUACCACACGCGUCUCUGAGGGCAUCGCCGAAACAUCUGGCGGCUGCUGCGAAAGUGACGGAGGACUCCGAUCGACUCUCUGCUCCAGACAGGGGAAAGACAACAUGAAGCCAGACAGGCUGGACUUCAAAGCUCCCAACAUCGAGUUCACCAGGAAGAGGCUGUCGUUUGAAGAGCGAGAAGACUGCAUGUGUCGGCUGUCCUCCGGCAUCCACGAGAACCUACACUUUGGCUCCACCAGGUCUAAAAGCCUCCAGCUGGACACGGCCAUGUCCCACGACCACAUGAAGGCGGGGUUGGGAAGCGUUCACUCCAGCCCUGAAGGUCUGUCCCCGAAGCUUUUCUCCGGCAGAGGAGAGAGCGCCGUGGAAAAACUCCAGCUCAUCUCCUCCGCAGAGUCUCCGCUCCGAAAGACGUCAUCUGAAUAUAAACUGGAAGGACGCCACGUGUCCUCUCUCAAACCCCUGGAGGGCACUCUGGAUAUCGGUCUGCUCUCGGGGCCCAGAGUCUCCAAAACAGAAACCUGUUUAUCCAAGAUGGCGGAGAACACAAGCGACAGUGUUUCUUUGAGUCCUCCUAUUUGGCUCCAGACCCCUACUGAGAGACAAAUAACCAUCCCUCAUCUGAAAACUACAGACAAGCUGAAGAGCCCCCUGACUUGUUCCUCAAGCCCUGAAGCUGUUGCUUCUCUAAACAGCAUAGUCGCCUCCAAAGAUCAGCCAAAUAAUGCAGCCACAGAGGUGAAAGUCAGUACGAGUGGUGAGAAAACGCAGGAGAGACAUAGUGAAUCAUUAAAGGCUCAAACCAGCAGCAAAGUGGAGGCCUCAAGUUUUACUGUUAAACAAGAGAGCAGGGCGGGGAUGAAGUCCAGCUCAGCGCUGGCUCAUGAACACAGAGGCCCUCGACACAGCUCCCACUUCUCCUCCUGUGGAAAAACACCGUCCAUACGGGAAGUCAGCAAUGAGGAUCAGGAGGAUGAAGCGGAGCAGGAGGAAGUCACACCAAGCACUACAUCUCAAAAUACCGACAAGACAGUAGUCUCUUUGACUUCAGCGAAACUGGAGGCAAACAUAAAACCUGUGGAGACUCCAGCUGCAGCUGCCAGGGAACCAUUACCUGUGUCGCUGAAGCGAAGCGUAAACUGUGGUUUGGAUACAGGUCGGCGUCAGAGCUCAAACAUGACCUCCGUUACUGAGGUGACCGUACAGAACAACUCUGCGUCUGUACGCGCUCCAGAGAAUGUGCUUUCAAAACCGCCGAACAUCUGCUCUUCAAAUACAGAACCGCAGGUUUCUGUCACAACAUCUGGUUCUGUGCACAAAGAUAAAACCUGCAGUGUAAAAUCCGAAAGUCAGAACUGCCCUGACAGAUCUCUGAGUCAGGACGGCGUACAAGAUCACAGAUCAGCUGUGAAAGUGGUCGUCGAUGCAGGCAGCUCGGGCUCUGAGAAGGAAGCCAACACGUGUGUGGAGCAGAAGAAGAGAGAAGUUUCUACAGCGGUCGCCUCGUUAAAUAAUGUUACACUGAGCGUGAAUAAAAAGGAUAAGACUGUUGGUGCAGUAGAGAGUAGCAGCACCAUUUCACCAAAGACAAAGAAUAAAUACAAUGAGCAGCUAUCAAAAGCACAACACAAACCUUCAGAUUCAGAGCUCUGCUCCCCUAAAAAACAAGAAACCAUUAUCAGUGUGAAAGAAAACGCUGCAAAACAGAAAUGUUCAUCCUCGGCAACUGCAAAUGAAAAUGUUUUGAUUCCCAAAAGUAAGUGGAGGCCCGACCCACAGCCGGUACCACACGCCGCUGUGAAGACGGAGACAAAAACACUUGAAGUGAAGUCUCCUCCCGUCCCGGUACUCAAGGGCAGUCUAAAUUCAAAGCAGAGAGAUCUGUCUAAAGAACCUGUGCUAUACAUUCAAGUAACCCACGACGCUAAAUGGAAAGAAGCCUCGUUGCCGUGCAAGCAGGAGGAAUCAGUGCAGCCGACACGUUCUCCCACGCUUACUGACAUGAAGCAAAGAGAAACCCAGCCCAAAAGCUCUGUAGCAACCUCAGCUCACACAGGAAAAGAAGAAGAAAAGAAGCCAAAAUGUCUCCCUCUGAAAACAGCCCCUUCAACUCUAAAGACUUGUGUAGCUCCAACAGCAGUUCUUAAACAAAGUCCUGAUGCCAAACAUAAAGACCCCUCACCCAAACACCAAGCCCCUCUCGUUAGAAACCAACACGGCUCCAAACCAAAAGAAGCUUCGCCUCAACAGCUGCCGUCAGACCUUCCCUCCCAGCCGGAUCCACCGCCGGUGGCGCCUAAACCCGCCGUGAAAAAAGAAACGGCGAGCGGCGGAGCCGUCCCAGGCAGGAUCUCCAGCUGCUCUGCACCCCAGGAGAGUGCAGUCAAGGUAGCACCCAAGUCUGAAACACCCAAACCAGACGCUCACAAGGGCCCGGAUCCAAGAAGCACCACCCCCGACAAACAGGUGUCCUCCAGCAAGAAGGAGCAGGCCGAGAGGAAGAAGAAGGAGAUCGUCCAAGAGGUCACGUCUGCACAGAAAAACACAAAAAGAGACGCGUCCAGAGCCGCCGCCGCCGACAGAGACGCUGGCAGGAAGCAGCAGAAGGAGUCGCCACGUAGCUCUAGUCACAAAAAGUGAAGAAAUCCAGAGAAUCCAGAUGUAAUAUUAGAACAUUGUUUGUGCAAACAUCAUCAUGCCUUCUUUCUGUUGUUUCGUUUGAGGACCGGGAAGCUGUUAGAGAGCUGAGUGUGUGUGUGUAGAUGACAUCUAGGUGUGAAUGUAGGCUAUCAUGAGCUGAUCAUUUCUGGUGUUUUAAGUUGAAUGUGUGGAAGUUUUCUGCUUGGUGCAACAAUCAGUGUGUGAGGGGCAGCAGGAGGAGCCUUAUAAUUAAAGCUUGUGAUGUACUGUAGAGUCAGUGCCAUAAAGGAUUUUGAAUUGCACUCUUACUUCUAGACUCGGAGGACCUGAUGUCUUUUAAUGCAGUAGACCACACAGUCGUGAUUGUUUCUGUCUGGUAGAAUCUGAUUCUUUUUAGUGGUACACAGAGGGAUCGUCCUGUGCUUUUCACCUAAAACUAUAUCUAUCAAAUAAAACAGAAUCAUCUCACGGUUCUAUCAAUUAGCGAAGGGGCCUUAGAAUUAUAGGAAAUAAAAAAACUUGCCGUUCUUAGCAAGGCGUGGUGUUUAUUCACAUUCCUCUGACAUGUGUACAUAUAUUUUUUGAUUUUUAUGCAAUAUGGUGUAAAUAUGAUAACACUGUAAAACUGGGAUUCAUGGGCUUACAUGUUUGUAUUAUAUGUAUAGAUUUCAUUCGUUUGUAAUGCUCGAUAUUAAGAGCAUCUGCUCGAUAACUCUGUGGUCUGAAGUAAGCUACCGUGACGUGUCCUCUUCUUUGUGACUUUUAACAUGUUUUCACAUGUUCCUAAAUGAACUUGACGAGAGAGGAGGAGAAGGAGCGAGGCGGGCUGUUUCUAAAAAAAAUGUAGCAUUACAUAACAAAAACUGUGAGGGCUGUCAGCAUUUCCCAAGAAUGUCUUUAUGAUGUGUUUGCUGGCUGACGACGGUCAAAAGGGUGUAAAAAUAUGAAAUGUUGUGUUCGAUUGAGAUGAACCAGAUGUUCUGUUUGUCAAUAGUUCCUGCAGUAGGUGUCUGAAGGCAUUCAGGGCAUCAUCUCCCGUUAUGUCCACGUCUGUGCACAGUGAUAUUAACAUCAAUCACGUGAGGUUACAAGUACACAGAAAAACUGCAAUGUCAGGGUUACGAUUUGGGUCUCGGUGUUGUUCAAGUCAUGUUGUGAGUGUUUCGAUGUUUCAAAGGACUCUUCAUAAAGAGCAGCAGCCGGCUUAAAGCUUCACCUGGGGAACGAUUUUAGACGAGGAAUCCCGAUUAUUUGCAUAGUUUCUGUCCAUAACAUGCAUUUGAUGUUAAAUAUGUGGUACUAUACGUAUAGGCUGUCAUAUAUCUGCAUUCACUUUCUGCAAUUUACUGACAAACACGUGUUUCUAUAACUGUAGAUGCCUUUAAAUAAAACCAGAGAGACACUGUUUGUCUUGACAUAUACUCUGAUGUCGACGUGUCAAACACGACACAGAAUAUCUAUAAUAAAGGCAUCCGAGAAUGAAACACGUGAGAUUUUAAUGUUAAAAAAAGAAUCUGAUGUUUACUUUGCAUUAGAUAUUGUUAAUGUAUCGCUAUAAUAUAAUGUGAGAGAACAAAUGCACCUUAAUGUUUGCUAAUAUUCAGUUCAGAAGGUGAGAAGAGGAGUGACAUUAGAACUGAAAUGGUUCAUGAAUCCCCCCCUCUCAUCCUGACUAAAUCAAUCACUGACUUUUAUUUGAACAAAUUGAACGUGACCCCCCCCCCAUACUUUGUUUUCCCCGUGACGACUAAAGCACAUUCAAUGUUUGUUUACAAAGCAUCAUGGAUGUAUAUUUUGUAUAUUGUUGAUUUGCCAAAUCUAUGUUGUGUGUCGGAGAUAAUGUUGUUUCUAGUAGUGUGAGACUUUGCUCCCGCCCCCCCCCACGAUGUUUAAUAAGAACAUCUGUUUGUGCUGUAAAUCAACGUCUUUUCACACGUCAGGUUCUUCUUUCUCUGCUUGUCUUUUUCUUUUCCUCCUCCGUGCUAAACUAGUAUUAGAUGAACUUGCUUACGAUGGUUUGUCUUUUAGAAUAUGUGCAAUAAAAAGUGUUUUGAGUUUUGUAUUUUGCCCAAGGAAAGCUCUAUGGAUGUCAUAGAUGUUGUAUAUUAAAACAGAUAUUUAUACUUCUAAUGUUGCGUAAUACUGAAAAUAAAAUGGAAUUAUAAAUUAAUAUUUUCAGUCCUCUUUUGAUACAUGGUCCGCAUAAUUAACAGAUUGAAUUGUUGAAUUACACAAAGAUCAAUGGUGACACUUAAAUGUUCUGAAUAAUGACAUAAUAUCCUAAGAAGUUUCCUGAAAUAAUGAAAUCAUUUGGUACUAAUUAUACGCAAAAUUAGUACCAACUAAACUAAUUAGAAGGUGAUCAAUUGGUACACUAACAAAUAGUCUUUAAGUCAGUGCACAAGUCAGAUAAACAUGCAAAGAAGGAAAAAUUGUCUAAUAGCAAGAAUACUGUUCAGCAUAUAGGGACAUUAACAUUUCUGAUAAUAACUGAGUAGAAAAUUCAACAUAAUUAUUUAUUUAUCUUAAAUGUAUUUACUUGGGUUUAAAUGAAGCAGUUUGGUCAUGUAACUUCCUAUUUUGCAUCAAAUACACCAAUAUUUUCAGGAAACUUCUCAGGAAAGUAUUCGGAAAUGACAUACCUGUAAUAUUGUGUCACCCAGAGACUUAAUUAAAGAGGACCUAUUAUG